GUUGCAGAUUCACCCGCAAUGAGAAACCGAAUAUGACCGUACGAUGGACGUAUCAAAUCUCCUGGGUCAUCUUUUAAUCAACCCGACGUCGUUGUGCCUGCGGCAGAACCUGCAGGUCCCGCAGAUCUACUUUUCCUCCUUGGUCUCCUGCUCCAACGACAACAGCCCGUCGUUGACUUUGCUCGUGCCGAACCAGCAGAAGGAGGAAGAGACGAAAAGCGACGGGGAUGACGACUCGGACGACUGCGAGGAUGACGAGUCGUCCAACGACGCGGACUACGGCUCCGGCACCGAGAACGAAGAGGGGAAGUCGGCGGAAGCGAGCAGAAAGGGAAAGGGGAAGAGUAGGCCAAAGUGUAUCCACAGGACCAGGUACUCUAGGGAAGAAUAUCGUUGCGAAUCCUGUCCGUAUUCUUGCACGACGGAGAAGGCGUUUCUGAAGCACGUGCGACAGUGCACCGGGAAAGAUACGGACCUGCACAACUCCCCCUUGUCGUGUCCGGUGUGCGGAAAGGACCGCAAGAACGAAACGUCGCUCUCUGUCCACAUGGUGAAGCACAAGUCCGGCAAGCAUUUUUGCUGCGAUCUGUGCAAGUUCAAGAGCAUACAACUGAAAAAGAUUAUCCAACACAGACGGAUGCAUACGGGGGAGAAGCCACAUCUGUGCCCCCACUGCAGCUACAGAUCUUCGCGUCGGGAUAACCUCCGUUCUCACGUUAGAAGGAUGCACAACGAAGACGACUUGCAUUGUGAUACCUUCACGCCUAGGAAAAUUUUGUUUAUACCGAAACAAGCAGAACUAGUUAAAUAAUUUACCCCG